AUGUGUUCCACCAGCUGCUCUUCAGGCUGCCAGCCAGCCUGCUGUGUGUCCAGCCCCUGCCAGACAUCUUGUUGCCUGCCUGCUAUAUGCAUUCCUGUUAGAUACCAGGUGACCUGCUGUGUGCCCGUGAGCUGCAGGCCCACUGUGUGCAUGGCCCCCUCGUGCCAGUCCUCUGUGUGUGUGCCUGUGAGCUGCUGGCCUGUCUGUGUGACCUCCUCCUGCCAGUCAUCCGGGUGCUGCGAGCCCUCCUGCCCCACCCUGGUCUGCAGGCCUGUCACCUGUAGCACCCCCUCCUGCUGCUGA